UUGCGCAGCAAGACUUAAUUCACGGAGGAGCCACUCUCUCCAAACAAAGCCGAAAGAAAGAACUUCGCAGUAGUUGAGAGAGAGAGAGAGAGAGAGAGAGAGAGAAGUGUUGGGAACAAAGAUGGGGAUGGUUUGGAAAGAGCCAUCAGGCUCAGGCGAUGCCAGCGGCAACAGCAGCGAGGAGCUAUCAAGUUCCAGCAGAUCCGCCCAACAAGGCGGUGGCGUUAGGCGGUUCCCAACGGCGGCGCAACCGGAGAUAAUGAGAGCAGCCGAGAAGGACGACCAGUACGCCUCCUUCGUCUACGACGCCUGUCGCGACGCCUUUCGCCAUUUAUUCGGUACUCGAGUUGCUGUUGCCUAUCAGAGUGAGACAAAACUUCUGGGCCAAAUGCUAUAUUAUGUACUUACAACUGGUUCAGGGCAGCAAACACUUGGAGAAGAAUAUUGUGACAUCAUUCAGGUUGCUGGACCAUAUGGACUUCCUCCAACACCUGCCAGACGUGCUUUGUUCAUGGUUUACCAGACUGCAGUUCCUUACAUAGCUGAAAGAAUUAGUUCUAGAGUUGCUUCCCGUGGCAUUACCCUCUCGGAUUCACUAUCUGAUGAUCUAUAUGGUGACAAUGUUUCCGAGAGAAAUCAAGAUCAAUCACCUACAGUAGCUGAACUCACAUCUUCCUCUGCUUCAGAAGCACCUGUUUCAGCUUUGUCUAGAUGGAAACUAAAAAUUAAUGGAUUAUGGCUAUAUGCAGCUCGGACAUGGCCCUCGAUGCUUCCCUUGGCUCGUGAAUUUUUGCAAGUGGUUCUUCGCACCAACCUUAUGUUCUUCUACUUUGAAGGCCUGUAUUAUCACAUAUCAAAACGUGCAGCGGGCAUUCGUUACUUGUUCAUUGGCAAACAAGUGAACCAAAGACCAAGAUACCAAAUAUUGGGGGUCUUUCUUUUAAUUCAACUCUGCAUCAUUGCUGCUGAAUGCCUACGACGUACCAAUUUAUCUUCCAUUGCUAGUUCAGUUCACCAAACAUCCCUAGGGACAUACCAGGCUUCAGCAGGGCGAGGCAUACCAGUUUUAAAUGAAGGUGGCAAUUUGGUAACUGGGGACUCUGAUAUGGGAAGUUGGGUCUCUGAUUCCAAACCAACUUCAGAGUCUCAUGCAACAAGCGGAGUCGGCAAAUGUACGCUUUGCCUUAGCAAUCGCCAAUACCCAACAGCCACACCUUGUGGUCAUGUAUUUUGCUGAUUUAAUCAACAAUGGAGGUUGUCAAACUAGCUGAAUCCUGGUGAUUUCUCACUUGAAUUCAGAAUUAGCAACUGCUAACCGCAACACUGGUGGUGGGUGGGUUCAGAUUUACUGAUUCAAUCUCUCCACAAAAGCUGGAGUGCCAUUCACUCGAACGGAUUCAGUGGAUGUAGACGGGGGUUUGUGGGAAUGAUUCACAAUUGGGGCAUUAAGUUUACAAAAAGUCUAGAAACAAAACAUAUUUGGUGCAUGUAGAUCCAUGCGCAUCGAAUGGUUUUGUCCGGAGUUGUGUGUUAGUUUGUAGCAUUGCUCUUAAGUUUCACCAAAAGUGGGUUGCUUUCCCUUUUUCCCCUUGGCUUGUUCUUGCGAACUGAUCAGUCAGUUGAAAGCACCGGAUCAGAUAUGGUAGUUGUUGGGUCGUCAGCUUUUAUCAACAAAUUGGUACCAGACUCUUACUUGGUCACUCUUGCACACUUCAAACUUGGGGGUCAAAGAGAUUUUUAAUUAGGUCAAGCCUGAGAUUGAUUAUUUUUCUUCGUCUGUAUAUGUCGGAUGUAUUCGUUCAAUUUGUUCAUAAUUUUGAGCAUCGGUCUAUUGCAUAUGUGGUCCUCUCAAUUAUGGAUGAAUAUAUGGUCCGUGUAUCUUCUAAUUCUCUAGGCAAAAAGCUCCAGUGAACCUUCGUAA